AGGAUCACAGCAGGGGUGAAAAGAAGAGACGCCGAAAGGUUUCUCCAACCGACUCUGGAUUCGUCUCCGGCGUGCACAGGAAUGGCGGCGCUGCCCGGCGCAGUCCCCAGGAUGAUGAGACCCGGCCCGGGGCAGAACUACCCGCGCACCGGCUUCCCUCUGGAAGUGUCCACCCCUCUAGGCCAAGGCCGGGUCAAUCAGCUUGGUGGGGUCUUCAUCAACGGGCGACCCCUGCCAAACCAUAUCCGUCACAAGAUAGUGGAAAUGGCCCACCACGGCAUUCGGCCCUGCGUCAUCUCCCGUCAGCUCCGAGUCUCCCAUGGCUGUGUCUCCAAGAUCCUGUGCCGGUAUCAGGAGACUGGGUCCAUCCGGCCUGGGGCCAUCGGUGGCAGCAAGCCCAGACAGGUGGCGACUCCGGAUGUGGAGAAAAAGAUUGAGGAGUACAAGAGGGAAAACCCCGGAAUGUUCAGCUGGGAAAUCCGGGACCGGCUGCUGAAGGACGGCCACUGCGACCGCAGCACCGUGCCCUCAGUGAGUUCGAUUAGCCGAGUGCUCAGAAUCAAGUUCGGGAAGAAAGAAGACGAUGAGGAAGGGGACAAGAAAGAGGAAGAUGGCGAGAAGAAAGCCAAACACAGCAUCGACGGCAUCCUGGGCGACAAAGGGAACCGUCUGGACGAGGGCUCAGAUGUGGAAUCAGAACCUGACCUCCCACUGAAGCGCAAGCAACGUCGCAGUCGGACCACAUUCACUGCCGAGCAGCUGGAGGAGCUGGAAAAGGCCUUCGAGAGGACCCACUACCCAGACAUCUACACCCGAGAGGAGCUGGCACAGAGGACCAAGCUCACGGAGGCGCGUGUCCAGGUCUGGUUCAGUAACCGCCGUGCCCGCUGGCGCAAGCAGGCAGGAGCUAACCAGUUGGCUGCCUUCAAUCACCUUCUGCCUGGAGGUUUCCCACCCACUGGCAUGCCCACCUUGCCACCCUACCAGCUGCCGGACUCUACUUAUCCCACCACCACCAUCUCCCAAGAUGGGGGCAGCACAGUGCACAGGCCCCAGCCCCUUCCACCAUCAACCAUGCAUCAGGGUGGACUGGCAGCAGCCGCUGCAGCAGCCGACACCAGCUCUGCCUAUGGAGCCCGCCACAGCUUCUCCAGCUACUCGGACAGCUUCAUGAACCCGGGGGCCCCCUCCAACCACAUGAACCCCGUCAGCAAUGGCCUGUCUCCUCAGGUGAUGAGCAUUCUCAGCAACCCGAGCGCGGUGCCUCCGCAGCCCCAGGCCGACUUCUCCAUCUCCCCGCUGCAUGGAGGCCUGGACUCUGCUUCCUCAAUCUCAGCCAGCUGCAGCCAGCGGGCCGACUCCAUCAAGCCAGGAGACAGCUUGCCCACAUCCCAGUCCUACUGCCCACCCACCUACAGCACCACCGGCUACAGCGUGGACCCCGUGGCUGGCUACCAGUAUGGCCAGUACGGCCAAACUGCUGUUGAUUACCUGGCCAAAAACGUGAGCCUGUCCACACAGCGCCGCAUGAAGCUUGGAGAACACUCUGCUGUGCUGGGACUUCUUCCUGUGGAAACAGGCCAGGCCUACUAGGGCCCCUGGGGCGACUUGCCCCAGCCAAUGGCCCAGCCUAGCCCUUCCCAACCCCUGAGCCUUCCCCCCUCAGUCCCCUUAUCCCCCUGGGGUCUAAGGAGGCCAGGGAAGGAACUCCUUCCCUUCCCACAGGCGGCCCUCUGGAGACAACCAGUGUCAUUUACCCAUGGUUAGUGACACAGAGUGGCCCUUUGGGUCUGUGCCCCCCUGCCCCAUCUCCAGAGGGGUUCCUAGCCAUCUUACAAUGAUUUCCAGCUCACGUCCAUUUUACAGUGUCAUGGCCUUGGUCCUGUCUGGGCACAGAGACCGAGGGUCAGCCUGAACCAAGCACCUGGUCAUCAGAGGGAAAAGGUGCCAAAGACAAGGCACUGGAGUCCUUGGCCCCUGAGUCCCAGGUGCCCUGGCCACAGGUACAGGUGGGGCUCACAGGGGUGGGCCUCUGGCUUGGCACCAGAACCGCAGCCUCUUUCACUGAACACUGAGAUGAGCCCCUGGGGGUUCCCAGGGGAGAAAGCAGGCAACAUCUCAGUUUUAUCCAGGAAUCCAGAGGUCUUUGUGACCAUCCCCACACACCCCUGCUGGAUAUCAGGAGACCAGUAAGAUGUUCUACCAGGGGGCAGGGGGCGUGGAAGCAGAGAACGUUGGCCAUGGGCUAUCCCAGAAUGCCAGGCCCCAGGCCCAGCGUCAGGAGGUGCAGGGCUCCUCGGCUGAAGUCUGAUUGAGGCUUGCCCACUGCAUCAGGGCCUGGGAAGCCCGCAGAACCUGUCAGUCUCCUCAACUGGUAGGAGAGGGGAAGAUCUCGAGGCAACAGGAGGCACAAUGCAGGCUCAGAAGGUCUGAGGACAUUCAACUUUCAAGUCCACGCCACUGGAGUUCUGCGCACCAUCUCGCUGGCAGCUGGCAACCUGCCUCAUGCAUGCUGGUCCUCUGAAAAGGGGCCUCCUUCUCCCAGCAUGAAAAGCUUUUGAUGUCACCGGAUGCAGAGAGUCUUCUUGGACCAGGCAAAACUACUGGUCCUGCCCCACCCCUCAGAAGAUGCUUCAGUCUCCUUGGCAUCUCAGUGGAAGGCCAUGUCCCUGUCCUUUUCAGAGUGGCAUUUUCCAGUGUUGCCUGCUCUCAGUCAGGAGACUUCUGUCUCCUCACCAAGCACAGUGUCUCUGGAGCACUGUUUUUAAGCCACCACCCCUGGGCAGAGGAAGAUGCCCAGAGUCCCAGCAAAGAGGACAAGGCACCUUCCUUAAGCACCCAGGGGCUUCCUUGCACUCCACCCUCUUUUAGAGUUGGGUCUUUGGGGGAAUGGACUGCUCAAGUCCCCCAGUUCUCCUCCCUGGAGCUCUUCAUCACCCUCUAUUUAUCAAAACUGUACCUGUCUUUACCCCCUCCCUCGCUAUAACCUACACUGCAUCCGGUGCUAGUGUGUCACAGCACCAAACCCACGAACACUGGACCUGAUUCCGUGUUCCCACCUGGACAUGAGGCCACCUGCUGGCCCAAUCCAUGCCUCCUGCCCUCAGUCAGCAGGACAUUCCUAGAAAGAGGGGCUGCUACUCAGUAGCCCCAACUGAUUUCCUUCUGCCUGGGGAGCUGGACUGGCAAGACUCCGAGACCCUUGUCUAUAUGAACAUGUGCCCGAUGCACAUGCGUUUCUCAUCUUUAGACCCAGCACCCGAAGCCUGCCCUGGGCCAUGACUAGGGUGCCUUGUAUCUGUGGUUUAGAGAUGUCUAUUAAUAACUGGGACAAAUGGACUCUUCAGUAGCAUCGAACACCAGAAAAGUGGGCUCAUCAGCUCAGUCCAGGUUUCAAGAGGGGAGACUUCUGAGGUCUUCAAGGUCUGGACAAGAGGAAAGCCACAUUGCCCCUUGGAAACCCAGUUUCUCCUUUUGUAGGCCUCACAGCAGCAAGCGCCCCGCCCUGUCAGAAGACCAAAGUCUUCCUCCACAUUCCUUGCUCCCUGGAGGCCUGGCUCUGGAUGCCUCUGAAUCUCCUUCCACCAAGUAUGAUUCAGAAUCAGGGACCUCAAGCAGGUGACAUCCACAGGGCCCAGCCCCAGCCCAGGGAACAACAUUCCAAUGCUUGGACCAAUCACAAUGAUCUACCCACUAGGGUAAAUGCAACCAAGACUUGCUGGGUAGAAAACAAAAUGACUUCUCAUUCCAUUCAAUGUCUCUGAAUGUUCCCCAAGAUGCCAUCUUGGUAUAAAACUGGUCUUGCGUUCCAAGGGGCCUUUGAUCCCCAACAGAUUUCCCUAGUAUCUCAUGUUUUUGUGUAUCUGUCCACCUGGGUCUGUAAAACUCAGCUUGCAGCUUCACCAGAGAGGUGAUGUCGGUUAGAUGAGAGACACCAGGCCUCUGUCCCUUUGGGAUUGAGUGCAGCCUAGGAGGCCUGACUUCCAGUUAGCCAGGCCAGACCAGAAACACCCCUCAUCCCUGUAUAUAGUCAGUAGCAGGAUAAGAGGGGCACCCUCCAUGUCACCUCAAGUAGCUACUGGUUCUGUGGAGGCCCCACUGAACUCAUUGUAUGUUAGUUGGAAAUGUGGUGUCGUGCUGUUCGUUUAUAGAACAUUGGCUUUUUAUAUAUAAAUCUAUAUACUUAAAGAAGGGAAAGGAAAGAAACCCCCCCAGUGUUGUGCUAGUGCCAAGGAUCAUCUGUAGGGAUUUGCUCAUUCUGUGUUUUGGAUUAUGUGAUCCAGCCUUUCUUGGGUUCCUUCAUCUUUUUUUUUCUCAUUGUCUCCUCAAUUUGGUAUUUCUCGCUAUGAAGAUGAAAGUGAUGGUGGUAAGAACCCAGCCUCUAUUCUCUUGUUUUGUGCUCGGUUUACCUUUGCCCUUCUUUUGGAGGACCAAGAAGGACCAGAGGAAACAGACAGUGGGAAACAGAGAGUAGGAGAAAAGAAUGAGGGAGGGGCGGAGGGGCUGGCUGGGGAGACGAGAGAAGGGCAGUUUUGCAGCAAGAUGAUGGCUGUGGUCCAGGACAGAGCCUGGAUCGACAUGCUCCACCCGAGUCCAGUAUUGUUUUGUGUGGAACUGGUAGAAUAUUCUAGGAGGUGGAGCUGGACCUUGCUGAGGGACUCCACAGUUGCCAACUACAGAGACGUCUUAUAGAUCCUCUAUGAGACUGGUGUUCCCCCAGACUCCUGGACACCUCUCUCCCUCUCCGACACUUUUUAGGGUACACACGCAUCCUCACCUCCUGCAGGCGCACCAAGCCAAGACCAGAUGGGGGGGACUCAAGCCGCCCUGUUGAAAUGCUUCUAGACACCUGUGCAUUGAAUGUUGCUCCUGUCUACAUUGACUGGGGGCUCCCCCUGCUGGGAAAAUACCCAUACUGCUGGAGAACAUUCCUUCUUUGUAGUAACCGCCAACAUUGUUGCUUCAGCGUUUGACGCAGCCAUUUUCCUCCAUGCGAAGUGUGUGUGUGUGUGUGUGUGUGUGUGUGUGUGUGUGUAUGAGGGGUAUGAGUGGGAUGUGUGUGUGUGGGCGGGUGUCUAAAUAUAAUCUCACCAUAAUUUAUUCAGCUAUAUGGAGUAGUAGAUUAGAAAGACAAACUGGUAUUUGCUUUAACUACCUGCUGCUUGUAAGCGCUGCCUCUGUA